AUGACUGCCAGGAUCAAGGUCGGUGUGGUUGGCUAUGGCAACUCGGCCAAGAGCUUUCACCUCCCCUUUAUCCAAGCCGUGCCAGACUUUGAGCUCGUGGCCAUUUUACAAAGAUCAGCAGCACCCAGCGACCCAGCGACAGCGCCGGCGGGCUCGCACUGCACCGUCGAUUUCCCGGCUAUCCGCCACCAUCGUACCAGUGAUGCCUUUUUUGCGGAUGCGAAUAUUGAUCUGGUAGUGGUGGCCACCAGGAAUGAUUCACAUGCGCCGCUGGGCAAGUUGGCGCUCGAGGCCGGUCGACAUGUCAUAAUCGACAAACCAUUUGCCCAGUCCACUCAAGAAGCGGACGAGCUGAUUCAACUUGCCGAGAGCAAGGGGCUCAUUCUCACUUGUUUCCAGAACCGGCGAUGGGAUGGUGAUUUUCAAACCCUUCGGCGCCUCAAGGAUGCAAAUGCUCUCGGCGAGAUCAAAGAAGCUGAAAUACACUACGACUUUGAAAACGCUGGCGCAUGGUUUCCCAGGGAUCAAAAGGAAUACACGCCAGGUUCCGGCAUGACAUUCGGACUGGGCACACAUAGCAUUGAUCAUGCAAUGGUCCUCUUUGGUCGCCCCAAAUCCGUAACGGCAUUCUUUCGAGCCCAGCGCGGGGUUGAGUCUGAGAUUGAAGAUUCCUUUACCAUUAUGCUCCAAUAUGAAGGACAACAAAGAGAUCUUCUGGUCACUGUCAAGUCUUGUGUCAUCACCAUCAUGUCCCAGCAGCUCAAAUACAUUGUACGCGGAACCAAGGGUUCGUAUUUCAAGACUCAGCAGCGAAGUACCUGUAUCCAGGAAGAGCAGAUUUCGAACGGCAUCGGCCCGUCUGACCCCAACUUUGGCAUCGAGCCAGCCGCUACCAACGGUAUACUCACAACCCUAGAGGAAUUCGACGCCAGUCACCAGGAAUUCGAUGACAAGACUGGCAAAUACACUGGCCACUAUCCCACCAUACCCGGAAGAUGGCUGUCGUUGUAUGAGAAUCUUGCCGCCGCCAUCAAAGGGACGGGUGAGCUCGAGGUCAAGGCGACGCAAGUGCGUGAUGUCCUGCAUAUCAUAGAGCUGGCAAGGAUGUCUCACGUUCAGAAGCGCACGAUGCAAUGUGAUGAAUGA